AAGAAACGCCCCCCAUUAUCACUACACAGGAGUCCAUCUCCAACUUAAAUAGCUGCGAUACCAGCAGAUAAUGAAAGAAAGCUCCGCUCACAUCCCAGCAGAUCUCUCUCUCCUCCAGCUUGGUGUGGCCUGUUUAUGUGCCACAACUUUUGCUCACAAAGCUCAGCGUUUGUGACGAAAAGUAAAGAUGACAAAGAAAGGAGUGAAAGGAAACGCAGUGAUUUGCGUCCCAGAUGGAUACACUGAGAAGCCAAAGCAGGUUGAGGAGCGGGGCCACUGGGGGACCAAAGCGGAGUUCAUCCUCACCGUAAUGGGAGCAAUUAUCGGGCCUGGGAAUAUCUGGAGAUUUCCAUACCUCUGUUACAAGAACGGUGGAGGUGUAUUCUUUAUUCCAUACAUCCUGUUCAUAUUCACGUGUGGGAUCCCACUGUUCUUCCUUGAAACUGCGUUAGGGCAGUACACAAGCCAAGGCGGAAUUACAUGCUGGCGACACAUUUGUCCGCUUUUUCAAGGCAUUGGCUAUGCCAGUCACCUGAUUAUCGCAUUCAGUGCAACUUCUUAUAUCAUGAUCCUUGCCUGGGCUUUCUUCUACUUAUUCUCAUCCUUCAGCUCAGAUUUGCCGUGGGCUUCAUGUGGGAAUUACUGGAAUUCAGAGUCCUGCUUCGACAACCGUCUGAAUCUGAGUAUGAAAUCCAAACUGAACACCACGCUCCCAGUUGUGGAAUUCUGGCAACAACGAGUUUUAAAGAUCUCUGGUGGGAUUGAAGAGAUGGGUGGGGUGAGGUGGGAAUUGGCAUUGUGCCUCAUCCUGAGUUGGAUCAUCUGCUACUUCUGUGUCUGGAAAGGAAUCAAGUCAACAGGAAAGGCGGCAUACUUUACAGCCACAUUCCCCUAUGUUAUGCUUUUUAUUUUGCUGAUGCGAGGUGUGACCUUGCCAGGAGCUCUAGAUGGGAUAAUUUAUUAUCUCUACCCAGAUAUCUCCCGUCUUUCAGAUCCACAGGUGUGGAUGGAUGCUGGAACUCAGGUCUUCUUCUCCUAUGCCAUCGGGUUUGGUUUUCUCACUUCUCUUGGAAGCUAUAACACUUACAACAACAACUGUUACAAGGACUGCUUCCACUUGUGUCUGCUGAACAGCUGCACCAGCAUUGUCGCCGGCUUUGCCAUUUUCUCUGUUUUGGGCUUUAUGACAUAUGAACAAGGCGUGGAUAUUUCUGAAGUGGCAGAAUCAGGCCCUGGUUUGGCAUUUAUUGUCUACCCACGUGCUGUGGCCAUGAUGCCAAUGCCUCAGGUGUGGUCAGUGUGUUUCUUCCUCAUGAUCAUUCUGCUUGGACUAGAUAGCCAGUUUGUCGGUAUAGAAUGUGUGAUGACAUCACUGGUUGAUCAUUUUCCAUUAUACCUGAAUCAAGGCUACAGGCGGCAGCUGCUUCUGCUCAUGAUUUGUUGUUUCUCCUGCAUGUUCGGACUCUUACUUGUCACUGAGGGUGGGAUUUACCUGCUCCAGUUAUUGGACCACCAUGUCUGCAGUGGCACCACUCUGCUGCUCCUUUGUUUAUGUCAGUCUAUCAGCAUUGGGUGGGUUUAUGGUGCGGAUCGUUUUUAUGACAACAUCACAGAUAUGAUUGGCUAUCGUCCAUUACCGUUCAUGAUGUACUGCUGGAAGUACAUCACUCCUUUUGUUUGCUUUGGAACCUUCAUCUUCUCGAUAAUCAAAUACUCUCCACUGAAGUUCAGUAACUCCUACGUUUAUCCACUAUGGGCGAAUGUGUUGGGAUGGUUUAUUGCCAGUGUCUCUCUUUCACUCAUCCCUCUGUUUGUGCUUUUUAAAUUAUUCCAAGGACAAGGCACAUACCAACAGCGUUUCUUAUCUCUCUGCAAGCCUGUCGUCCCCUUGGAUCAGAUGUGUCCGCCCCCUGCACCAGAAAGCGAGAGCAAGGCUCUGUACACGGAGCUCAAACCUUUGUAUGGAGCCCGGAAAGAGUAAUAAUUACUCUCUAUCUUAAAAAUCGGGCAAUAAUUAUAAACCCUAAGGUGACUGAACACUUAACAGGUUGGAACAACAAAGCUGUUGAGCUUUUGAUGUGGCAUCUUCUUGGUAAACAGAUAAAAGCGUCUGUCUCUUGUUUAUGGACUACAUGGGAGAAUUUUUUUAGGAUAGUUGUUUAAAAGGAGAUUUUUUUUAUUUGUAAAUAAAAUGUUUCUAUGUGCCAGGUACAGUAAACAAAGCUCCUUCGGACUGAGACAAUAGGAACACGUAUACCUUAAGUAUCCUAUGUCUCCAUCGUUCUAUACUUGGGCCACCAUGGCUGCUAUUGGAGGUCCGAGGUGCCAGUGGCACAAGUUGUACAGCAGCCUUACUUAUGUCAGUGUGCCCCAGGACAGCGGUGGCUACAAUGUACCUUAUCAUCAUCAUCAGCAUUUGAAUGUGUGAUUGAACGGAUGAAUGACUGGAUGUUAAGUCCUUUGGGGGUCUCUUGCUUGAUAAAGUGCUAUAUAAGUAACUCACUGUGCAAAGAUUGGUUGAGAUGAUAUUGAAUUGACAACAUGAUUUAUGUCCAAAUGACGUCUACAUUUGGGUCAUUGCUGGCAGAUUCUUCAAAUGACAUUGAAAACUAUCCAUCAUCUGAGAAACAAAUCCUAAAGCUUUUAACAUAAAAAUACAAAAAUCUAAAAAGGAGAAAGGGUUGAAAGCAUAAAAACGUUUCACUAAAAAGGAACUAAAUUGAACAUUUUAACUAAAUGGAUGUCAGUAGAUUAUUCUAAAAAAUACUUUUAGUGAUUCAGAUCUCAAUAUAUAAAUUCCAACAUUUGGUUUUAACAUGUGUAUUAGUAUUUUCAAAUAUUUUGAAAAUGAAAGCUUUUAGAUGUAAGAGGGUGCUGAUGUUGUCUAACACCUAAUCAUUCUGCAGCAACCAAGCAUAAAAGCUUUAAAGAGAUCUGGUUAAAUGCUUCAGUGCCUUGUGGCAAAAACUCUUUGCUAUGUGUCAGUCAAACACCAAGCUAAUAAAAAAUUAUUUCCACUAUAAUUUUCUCUUACCACAGACAUCUUUAGUACUUCUUGCCACCUACCUAUUACCUAUUGUACUUUUUCCAGAACACAGAGGGUUGCCCUUCAGGCACUCUGUCCUGAAGGUUCAGUCACAUACUGCAUUCCAAGUGCUCCAACAUGUUCAGGCUUCUUAAUAAGGUUGGAAAGACAUUUCAUCAAUGUUGAAAUCAGACUGACAAAUGUUAGAAUAAUCUAGUAGAUGUUUCUGUCAUUCAUUUACGAGCCAUUCCUGGACUGGCGCUGCAGAAAACAAAGCUGGAUCCAUGUUAACAUUCUUCUCUAAAUAUUUUCUUAAACAGCAUCAAAUAAUUUAAUCCUUAUUCUAAGGACCUAAUGUGCUGUAUAGUUUCUUAUUACUCAGAAUAAAUAUGUAAAUUGUGGUUUAUUUGUA